CCCUUUCAGGCAUCUUAACUUUCAGUUUAUCUUCAAGAAAACACUUUUUAAACAGGAAUCUGACCUGCACUGUGUGGAACUCUAUUUCACAUACGAAUCUGUAUUUACCUGUCGUUAUACGGAUAUACCGUUACUUACUCCAAACAAUACCUUAGCCCUCGAGUCAUCCUGAGAAACUUAGGUAACGAUGGAUAAGGAAGCUGAAGCUGAGGUGGUCGAUGCCGAAACAUGCCAGGAGGACAUGAUGGGAGAUACCACGGAUGCCAAACCAGAUAGGAAAGGCAGGUUCCUGCUGUUUGGAAGUAAGAAGAAUAAGGAUGGCCAGGCGCGAGAGCAGGAGAAUUCCUCAGAAAGCCAUUACAGGAUCGUUUCACCUACAUUCCAGUAUAAGAUGAGCCACAAGCGGGUGGGCAAGUGCAUCAUCAUCAACAACAAGAACUUUGACGAAAAGACAGGGAUGAAUGUACGCAAUGGAACUGACCGGGACGCCGGGGAGCUGUACAAGUGCUUCAAAAGCCUUGGCUUCGACGUGUGUGUCUACAACGACCAGACCUGUGAGAAGAUGGAGCGCCUGAUGAAAGAGGCCUCAGAGGAGGACCACAGUGAGAGCUCCUGUUUCGCCUGCAUACUGCUGAGUCACGGUGAGGAGGGUAUGAUCUACGGCACGGACGGGGCCAUGCCCAUCAAGAGCAUGACCUCACUCUUCCGAGGGGACAUGUGCAAGAGCCUGGUGGGCAAGCCCAAACUCUUCUUCAUCCAGGCUUGUCGGGGUUCAGAGUUUGACGACGGCAUUCAGACAGACUCGGGACCCCCCAACGACACCCUGGAGACGGACGCCAACCCCCGACACAAGAUCCCCGUGGAGGCAGACUUCCUGUUUGCCUACUCCACCGUGCCAGGCUACUACUCCUGGAGGAACCCUGGCCGCGGCUCCUGGUUUGUCCAGGCCCUGUGCAACGUCCUCAACGAGUUCGGGAAACAGUUGGAGAUAAUGCAGAUCCUCACACGGGUCAACUACAUGGUGGCCACCAGCUUCGAGUCCUGGUCGGAGGACCCGCGCUUCAGCGAGAAGAAACAGAUACCAUGCGUGGUCUCCAUGUUGACCAAAGAGCUCUACUUCAACUGAUGGUUUGGGGUAGGGCUCUUCCAAAAUGACCACUGUGACGGCUACUGGCCGACCAACUGGACUGGAGGGGAAACUCACCAGGAUGGUACAGGAUCGGAACACUGGGAGCAGUCUCAACAUUCAGGGAUGAUCCAGACGUGGCUGGAUGCUGCCGUUUGUUUCUUUUUUUUAAAACAAAACAAAAAAAUCUUUUUGUGCGUGAAAGCCAUUUUUUUUUCCUCACGUGACACUGGGCGCAAAAAAGAUAAGCUCCGCAAAUAAAUCAAACUAAGACAAAGAAGAAGUAAAUCCUCAGUGGUACUCCGCGUUCAUGUGUUGGUGGUGACCCUUGCCUCUUUCAGGUUGUUCCCCUCGGGAAUAAUGACGUCACAUCUGAUAUUUGUUGAAACAGGCGGUGUGAAAUAUACAUGUUUUAAAUUUCUCUUUUUUUUUUUUUAAAUUAGCAUUCAACCAACCGCAUGUAAAGUUUGCUGUUUUGGUGGGGAAUAGGUGAGGGUUGGAGAACUGAAAUCAUUUUGAGAGGGGUGGGGGAAAUGCACACGUUCCCUUUUAAGUCAACCGCUUGUACAACCUUGAGUAAAACCCAGUGUCUUACUGCUGUUCUUCAUAUUAACGGACUAGUGCUCAGACCUUGUGAGUUAAGCGAUGAGUUUACCUGAAAUCAUUUAAAUCAGGUGCACAUGCUGGGAAGUGAUCACAAGCAGGAAAGGGAUCUGUGCAUUUUCAUGUUUUUUUUUAUUUAGCCGUUUAUUGUCGUUUCAUACUGUUCCUCCUGCUCACUGGCUGUGUCCCAGAGAGAGACUGGAUCUCACCAGUGAAGGCCGUACCUCAGUUUAGCAGAGGAAUGAGACUCACAGCAAAAGUUUCUGAGCUGUGUCUGCUCUCCUCUGCCGAACAGACCGUACCGGGUUACAUCCGCACAGAGACGCGAGGGGACUUGGAAAUACACCGAGUGGACUUCCUUAAGUUGGAGAUUAAAGAAAAGGGCAGUAAAAAAAUAUUUGUUUUAUUGCUCGUCUUUAAAACUUUAACCAUUGGAGCCCAUUUUUUCCCAUCCUCUCCGUCUAUCUGUUUGUCAUUUAUGUCAUCUUCCUGCUCAGAUCCAGAUUGUUAACUAGUGGACCACACAUUAGUUGUUAGUAAAUUGUUAACUAAUGGACCACAUAACCUGUCUGUUGCAUCACAUUAAGGAAAAAGAAAAAAAAUCUUAUAUUCAUUGACAAUGCAGAAUAAUUAAAUUCAAGUUAGGUUAAAUUCAAGGAAGAUACAUUACUCGCACUUCUCAUUCAAGUUAAAAUCAAGAAGGAUACAUUACUUGUGCUUCUCAUUUAAGUGGUUGUAAUUGGGCAAUUAGAAUCAAAGGUCAUUGAACUCAGAGGGCAUUUCAUUCAGUCCCCCUUGAUUUGUACCAGUAGUCCUCUUCAGUGAUAUUCGCCCUCUUCCAGACAAGAUUUGUAAAUUUAACUCAUGACACUUAAGAACACCUAACAUGGCGAUGGAUGGGAUCUAAGCUGUUGACUCAAAGCACAACAGGCUACUUUUGUCUUCUGUCAGUCCUGUUAUAGCAUGCUGACCUAUCUCAGGGUCCCAGCUGACAUGCGGGUGAAAGAGCACUAUGUACUAUUCUGUCAUAACUUGAAUUAGAGUCUGAAAGAUCACAACAGUAUUACAUUAGGCAGCGGAACUGAAUGGAAUUUGGAGUCUUCACAUCAGUGCUUUUAAUAACCAAGUAGGUCUUGGAAGUAGUUUAAGCUUUAAGUUAAAGAAGUUAGCUUUUUUGUAGCAUAUUACUCCCUGGGUCAGAGUGUUAUUGGCAUACCCAUUGCAUGUUUUGUUGCGCUGUCCAAAAGAUUUCAGUCUACCGAGGCAGCUAGUAUAUUACUGAUGACGAGUCUAUUUACAACACACCAGUCCGUGCAGAUGAAUGCACUUUUCCAGUUUUGCUGCUAUGCCCUGGCAAAAGCUGAAAAGCUUACAAUGCUACAAGGCUACUGUGCCUUCAGUGCUUUAGUCGAGUACCAUAAUUUAUCUUUUCCUUUUUCUAGUCAGAAGUGUAGUUUCAUCUUUCUCAGUCGCCUUAAACAAUUACAGAGUAAUUCCUUUUAGAAGUUUGACAUGGUGCAGACAAUCUUUUUAAGUCGGUGUUUUCCCAAGUCAGAUGAUGAUGUGACAUUGAAAUGGCAAUCCAUGUGUAUGGGAUGCUUCUCCUGUCAUGAACCCUGUCCACCACACACAGACACACACUCACAAACACAAAUACACACCUAGCUCUGUCUUCACACAUGGAUCCUCUUUUAUCAAUGAUGUAGUGCCCAAAUCGUACCAAAGGGAGUUGUAACUCCCCUUGUUUUGGAAUGGAAUUGAAGGGAAAAAAAUCUUAUUUUUUAAAAAAGUUAAAAACUUUUUUAAUGCUUUACAGUGUUUAAUGCAAUUGUCCUCAGGAAUAUAUUUUAAUGAUUUGGAACAAUGAAUAUAUUAUAUUUGGGGUAUGAAAUCCCCUUUAAAAAAGAAAGAAAUUUUGUGAAUAUAUACUGAAUAUUGCCAUAACCUUAAUGCCUCUUUUUGAAUCUGGGGUAGUACAUUUGUUAAAAAGACAUCGAAUGAAUGCCUGUGUAAAACCCUAUUUUAUUGUAUUAAAUCAAAAUGAAUCAA